AGGAGGUCAACCCACUGACACACGGAGGGUCGUGGAAUAGAGGCAAUACUGCCCUAGUCACACAGUAAACACCAGUGGCCUGACGAAUGACAAAGAAGUAUUUAGGUUCCAUGUAUCGUCUUCCUAAAUGUCUACCACUAAGUGGAACCCACGUGCCUGCACUAUUGGAAGAAGGGUCGGAGGGAGUGGGGGAUGAAUGAAGUUGUUACAAAGCGGGGAAUGAAAACGAGGGAGGAAAGUUUUUAGGCAAAUGUACACCAUCAGAAUAUGGAUUGAAGUGGACACCAUCAAAGUCUGGAAUUUAAUGGCUAUAUUGUUUGAAGAAUCUGAACACUGUCAAAGCCUGCUUCAUGCACCUGGAUACUGCCAGAAUUCAGAGUCUGGAUUUUAGCGGUUAUACUGUUUCAGGCAUUUGGACAUCAGAGUCUGGAUUUGGGUAGCAAUAGUGUUAUUGACACAUCGAUGCCGUCAGAGUCUGGAUCUGAGUGGCUGUACCGUUUAAAGCAACUGGACACCGUCAGAGUCUGGAUUUGAGUGGUAAGAAGACCAGCUGUUCUUGGCAGCUGUUGUCCAGGUAACCGUCAGUCAUGCACCUGGCUCCUCUCGCCUUUGAGUCUUCAGUCGCUCCAGUUUCGACCAUUAUUCUAAAUAGUAUUCGAAUAGUAGAACAACGAGGAUUACUUGUACUUCUGUCAGUCACGUUAAUGGGCGGAGCCUAGACGAUACAGAAAACCGGCGGGCUAGCGACUGCAACAGAACUCAAGUAGACUGGAGAGUGACGCGAUGGGGAUGCGAGCUAGAUUGUCCCGGCUCGUUACCCUGGUUCUUUUAUCUACGGUGUUACAGGUUUUAGGUUCCGGGGUGUUCGAGUUUCGUCUAGUGUCAUUUUCGAACGAAUACGGCCGUGAUUUCGAAGGAAAUUGUUGUAGCGGAUAUCGUACUUCGCAGGGUUUGUGUAGUAGUGUUUGCCGGACGUCAUUUCGCGUGUGUUUGAAACAUUACCAAACAACCAUUGAUCCAAAUCCGCCUUGUACUUUCGGCGAGGUUAUAACGCCUGUGUUAGGCAAUAACUCUGUGCAUCUUUUGGAUAAAAAAGUUCCCGGAUUUAACAAUCCUGUUCGGUUCUCUUUUGAUUUUUCCUGGCCGGGAACAUUUUCAUUGAUUGUUGAAGCCUGGCACGAAAACAGUGAUAGAGAAGGAGGAAAGACUUUGGUCAGUCGACUAGCCACUCAGCGGUGGCUGGACGUCAAAUCAGAGUGGACGUUGGACACUCAUCGUACUAACCAUACCACUAUGAGCUAUUCCUACCGGGUACACUGUGAUGACAAUUACUAUGGUGAAGCCUGCGCUAAAGUGUGCCGGCCACGCGACGAUAAAUUCGGUCACUACAGCUGUAGUUCCAACGGCGACAAGGUGUGCCUGCCUGGUUGGACCGGAAAAUAUUGUGUGAACGCCAUCUGCUUACCUGGAUGCCACAAACAAAACGGACAUUGUGACAAACCAAACGAGUGCAGUUGCCGGUAUGGCUGGGAGGGUGCCCUAUGUCAGCAGUGUUCGCGCUAUCCUAAUUGCGUCCAUGGAACGUGCUCCCAACCGUGGCAGUGUAAUUGUGAAGAAGGAUGGGGUGGAUUGUUGUGUAACCAAGAUUUAAACUAUUGCACCAAUCACAAGCCCUGUAAGAACGGAGGAACGUGCACUAACACUGGCCAAGGGUCCUACACAUGCACGUGCCCUCAGGGAAUCACAGGAACCAACUGCGAUAUCCAGGUGGACAACUGCGCACAUCAACCCUGUCAAAAUGGAGGAAAAUGCAAGCCAGCGAUUAAGACCUACAAAUGCGAGUGUCCACAUGGCUUUUAUGGCCCCAACUGUGAAACGGCGUCCAACACGUGUUCAACUCACCAAUGCCAAAAUGGCGGGACGUGUAGGACUGGGACAAGUGGUUAUGUGUGUGUCUGCCCUGAUGGUUUUUCAGGUGAUCACUGUGAAGACCGCUCGAACAAAUGUGAACCCAACCCUUGUUUUAAUGGAAGCUGCAUACAACGAAUGGAUGGUUACGAGUGCUUAUGUUCUACUGGAUACACAGGUGAACACUGUGAUGUGGAUAUCAACGACUGUGCGGAGAAUCUUUGCCUCAACGGCGGCACUUGUGUGGACAACAUCAAUUCCUUCCACUGCUCCUGUGUUCCAGGCUUUAUGGGGUCCUUAUGUCAGACUAACGUAGACGACUGCCUCAUUAAGCCUUGUGCUAACGGAGGUACUUGCCACGAUUUGGUUAACGACUUCUUGUGCGAUUGCCAACUGGGGUUCACUUCUAAAGAUUGUUCUGUCGAGAUCAACGAAUGUCGUUCCAACCCUUGUCGUAAUGGUGGGACGUGCGUGGACCGCGUGAAUGAGAUCCUGUGUCUAUGUCCUUAUGGAUUUUAUGGUAACAUGUGCGAAAAAAGCUCUCAUACGAGUGGAGAUGAAAAUAGUAUUGUACAACGUCAGAGUGCGAAGUUUAACAAGAAUGUAUCCGUAAGUAGUCCACAAGUAGUGACCCCUACUUCUGGUGUGCAAGUUUCUCAUCAUAUUUCUGAUGAAGUCAAACAUACACACCUCUCCGGGCACCAGGUGGCGCUUAUCGCUACACUUUCUGCUUUAAUGCCGAUAGUUACUCUGAUUGCAGUACUAUUAAUAUUGUUCUGCCGUCAACAAAAGCGUCGAGAAAGAGAACGCGAAGAAAAAGUAAUGCGAAAGCAGAAUGAACAAAAUAUAAUAAAUAGCAUCAACAACAAAUUCUUUGACAAUAAACUAUCCAACACAAUUGAGAGGCCGAACCAAAAGUCACUAAAUAUUAGCAAUCAGGGUCAAGACACCUCUGCUGUUUUAAAAGAGCAAACAUUUAUGUCUAGAACCGACAGGUUACUAAACAAAGACUGUAGUAGCAAGAGUCUGGAUACAAACCAUGACAAACAGUUUCUUAAUUCACAAACGACUUCGGAAAGAAAGGAAUCAGCUCAGUCCGUAGCAGCAGGAAUCAACAAAAGCGAUUCCUCAUCAUCGUGUCCUCACAGUACUGUUUACGUCAUUGAAGACGACUUCCAACAGGAGCUCAGUAAGGAGGUUCUUGGAACUGAGGUGUGAUGAGAUUAUUUAGCGGAGGUUUAAGAAGAUUCAUGGUACAGACGUGUGAGUUGAUUCUCUACGUUAGUAGUCUCCCCACAAGGUUCACUAAACUGUUUCAAUGAGUCACUUUAGAUUUUAUUUAUUUAUCGUUCACAGAGAAACACAAAAACAAUUAACUAGCCGUGCAGCGACCUGUCAGUGCCUUGCAUAUUUGUAAAGUAAUCGGGAUUUGUAAGAUGGGAAACAGAAAGGAUUAGAAAUUUGUACAUCUUUAUUACUUUGGACAUCCUUUAACGUUUUGUAGUAAGCCAUAUUCUACAAGUUCGUUGUUUUUGUGCUGCUAUUUGAUGUACAACAAUUUUUGUACAUUUGAAAUGUCAGCUUGUAGCUCCAGAUUUUGAAGACUCGAGAAACAGUACCAUCAAGCUCUAGUUACUAAGAUACCUUAUUUUAUAUUAUUGUUGUAAAGCUAAGUCAUCAUAAUUUGACCUUUUGGUGUACAUAAUAUUGUAUAUUUAUAGUUAGAUGAUCACUAUUGUUGUUGUAAAAUAUAUAUACUGCUGUGCCACUGUCGUCACUGUCAAUAAACUCAUUGCCAUCAAUGUCUGCACCAUCAA